UUUUCAACAUGGCUGGCUGGCGAAGUUGAAAAAUUUCAAUCAUUUGACCUUUAAAAUUAUUUUUCGGACGAAAAUGACGGUAUAUCGGUAGAUUCAUCGGGAAAAAACAAGCCAAUAUCCGAUCGGAUUUCAUACUUUCUUUCGGAAACAAAGAAAAGUCAAUCUAUUACGGUGCAUAGAACACCUGGCAGCCGACAUUCAUGGCAUGGAAAGUAAAACUAUGAAUGAAAAUAAUUUCAAGAAAUAAUAGUUGAAGUCUUCUGUGUAUAUGAUGAACUGGGUAAAGUUGGUGAAUUCUACAAUGGAGUGGUCAGUGGUGAGAGAAAACUAUGAGCCAGAAAGCCUAAUUAAAUUAUGGUAAACAGCUUGCAAAGAAUGUAAAUUUGAACGUAAGUACAAAUGUGGCAUAGAGGAUUGCAACUGUCGUUAUGCCAGUCAAAAUGAAGUCGGAGGGGGACUCUAUGGACGGCUCAUGGCUUUCAUUUCACCGGCAGAUAAAGUUUGCGAUAAGUGCGAUAUGUAUUGCAACGAGAUAAAACACAUCAACUGUCAACAUGGUGCUUGUGAUCAACAAAAGGGAUGUAUUUGUCGUGAUUGCUGGAGCGGUGAAACAUGCUCUAAAUACCGAAACCGUCAACCAGAAUUCAAAGAGAGAUAUUAUGAUUCUGAAAUAAAGGAAAAUGCAAAUGUUGGUGAUGAAAUCCUCAAAGUUUCGGCAUUUGAUGCAGAUUUGGAGACAUGUGUUGAUAAAAAGAAUUGUCCUUGUGGUCGAAUCAAGUAUUCUAUCAGCAAGGGAAAUGAAGAUGGUUUGUUCAAUAUCAACGCAGAUACAGGAGUUAUAAGUUUGGCUAAGAAGCUAUCUGAUCAGUAUCAUUCUCAAAUUACUCUCUCCAUUCUGGCUGAAAAUGAAGCAGAUCUUAACAUCGUUGAAGACAACCAGAUUGAUAAACCUUCGGCUAUUGUUGGUAUAACUGUGACAACUGACGAUGAUGCUGUGAGAGUGCGCCGAUCACUUCAUCACCGAACACGCAGAAGUGUAACGACAUACGACAAGCUCGAGAUAACGUUUGAAGCUGAGACGAAUAACACAUUCUUUCCUGCUGGAUGCACAAUGAAUUAUCGUCUUUUUCUGGCUCAAAAUUCGAGUGCCACUCCAGAAGCACUGAACUCAAUAACAGUGCAAUUUACUUCUGAAAACCUUAAUCUCUCUGACACGUAUUCAGUGGAAAUUUCUGGUGUUGUUAAAAGCCCUAGCAGAAUUAUCUGGUCCGAUGGUAAAGUACAGAUUAAUAUCUCAGAUCCUCUGCCAUCUAACGGAAAGAUGGAAAUUAUAUUCAGCGCAACUGUUCGGGAAGCUUUGGAGCCUUUGGCGCUGCUCCAAGUUGCUUUCACUAUGAAUGCAACAGCGUCAGGGGCAGGGGCAGUAACGUAUGGUCCAAAGAAUUCCCGCGAACUCUACACAACGUAUCCCGUAAUCAAGCUAGCACGUACCAAACAGGGAGUGGUCCGAGCUGAAACAACUUUGGAUUACAAUGUAAACAUAACUUUGCCUUACUUCAAUUUUACAUUUGUUUUUGAAAUUACGACAAUCGUGAAUGAUUUCCGUUUCUUGAGUAUUGAGAAUGUUAAGAUUAAUGGCAUCAGUAGCUCUGUACAAGCAGAACAUCAAGCUCCAUCACCGAUGAUGUACACUGCAGUAGAGGAUAACAUCACAAGUCGAGCUGUUUUGGAUUUUGGGAAAAUCAAGGUAUUGAACAUGAAUCAAAGUGUAAACACGAUCAAACUUUCAUUCUCAGUCAGAAUAUACGAUCAUCAUUUACUUGAAAACUCGUCAAUACAUUGGGUUGGUGUGGGCGCACAUUCAGGAGAAGAAAUGCUCUGGGUGGGACAAGAUGCCCUCACGUUCUUAAAGAGUGAACCAUACUUAUACGCUAAAAUCAAAGCGAUGAAUAACACAAAUCCCACCCGUUAUUAUAUUGACGACCAACUUGAUUUUUCUUGGAGCGUCCAGCAUUCGGAAAAUGGCUCAUAUGAAAAUGCAAAAGAUGUAAACAUUUUGUUUUGUUUUUCUCCAUCCCUUGAUUUUGUGACUAUCACUGGCCUGACGAGUUUUAAUGCCCAGCCGGCGUCUGUUGAAGCAGGAACUCAAAAAAAAAUUCGGAAGUACACGUUAUCUGGUGCAUUUUCAAAAGGAACAAGUUUUAACGGUGUAAUCAUAGCGAAAGUCAAUAACACUGUUACACCAUUGGCUAAUUUAAAUGUUGAGAUUCGAAUCGAGUAUCAGACAAGCGGGGGUCAAGAUCGUCCGGUCAGAACGUACAAACCCAGUCCAGGCUACAUCGCUGGUGUGCCAUCGUUUAAUUUAUCAUCAAACGCUCCUGACAGACUCGUAAACAUUGGACAGCCUGUGGAUAUCACUGUCACCAUUUUACUCAAUAAGAUGGUAUUAAAAGGAAAAUUCUAUGUUAUUCUUCCUGUUGCAAACAGUUCAGCCAUCAUGCGUUUUGUACCUGACGAGUCAUUUAAAACUAAAUCUGUUGGCGCAAACAUUCAAGUGGCUCCGGCUUUUUCUAAUUCCGAACCAACCUUCAAUUCCACUUCCAGAAACACAACAUACUAUGACAGAGGAGAGAUCGAUCUUGGGCAGAUUUCAAAUAAGGCUGUUGACGAAAGUGCGCUCUCUUCCAACGAGGAUAAUACAGUGACUCUAAAAUUCAAAGUUGUUUUGGAGGAAAAUGAACACGUUAAAAAUCGAUCUAAUUAUAAGAUUGGUGUUGGAGUAAAGGGAAGCGAGCAGAUGAUUUGGAUCAGUCAAAUGACAUUCAUCACAAACAUUGCUCUGGGUCGUCAACCAAGUUUGCUUAUCCAAUCAUACACUAAUGCUAGUGGCAGUCUGGUUCAAGGUUCCGUUGUGGAAUACAACUUCACAAUUUCCUAUAAAGACAACUCAGACGCACAUGCGUAUCAAAUUCAAGUAAUAUGGAUGUUACCAGUUUAUACAAAGUAUCUCCAGGUCCACGAAAACAAACAUCAGUUGAAAAUCAUCAAGUCAGGAAACAAUGUCGUGUUUUCGUUGAGCAAGUUAGAAUUUGGAGAACGUCCAACUGUAUCUUUUUCUGUAUCAUUGGAUUCUGAAAAAACAUUGAAGAAAAGUGGUACGAAUUAUGCUGUGACACCAGUUUCUCUCACGUAUCAGAACAACAAGGGGAAAAGUUAUUAUGAGCCCCUGGUGCCAAUGUCUGUUCAAUUUAAAGUUCCAGAGCAGCCUAUUCCAACCCCUGCAAAUGCGGUUACUGAAUUUUACCGACGAGGUUUUUUAGUUGAUAACUCAAGUUCAGCUAUUUACAUUUGCUCGGUCUCGUCACAAAGAAACAGACCAAGCUGCUUUUGGACAGGUGAUAAGGGUGGAACCUGGCGAGCUGUGGAUGUGCAGGUCAUCAGUAUCAUUGGUAUUGAUCACGCCAAUAAAAUGGUGUAUGGUGUUGGUAACAACAUGAUUAGUUACAUGAAGUAUAUUCCAAACAAGGGCAAAUGGUAUUCAAUAUCGCAUGACCAGUGGGAACAAUCGAAGAGCACACUAUCCGACUGUGCAGUUGUUGAAAUUAAAGAUAGUGAUAAUGAUGAAAGUGAACCUGCAACUGAUAAACAGAAAAUUAUUCGAGAUGGUGAAAAGUGGGGAGCAACCAAAACAGGCGUCUACCAUUUGCCUAAAAAUUCUGGAUGGAAACUAAAAGCAUUGUGGAAUAGCUGUCACUAACGGUUUGCUCGUCCUUGGCAACAGUUUCAUAGUUUUCAUAAUUUCAUUUUAUUAUAGUCUUGUAGAUGUAAUACCGCAUUUAAGUUGCCACUUUUGUGGUGUAUAUAAUAAUAUCACACCAUUUACUAGAAUAGAAUUUGCGCAUUGAUUUUUAAUGUAAUAAUUAUUAUAUAUAUAUAAUGAAUUUCUAUACUUUGCACCAUUCCUGGAUUUGAUUGUGAACCGUUUAUCUACACCGAUGUUCACUAACGACUGGCUAUAGUUAUUCGUCAUUUGAUUGAUGCAUGGUAUUAUGGAGUAUGGACCAACGAUGUAUAGAUAUACUUUGAGUAUAAAUGCAAUGUGUUCAUGCAAUGUGUAAUAAUGUAUAAAUUUGUAAGUAUGUUCAAAGAAUAUAUCUCAUAUUCGCAUUGGUGGAUAGAAGAGGGUAGAAAUAUUGUCAUAUACCUUUAUAGACCUAUAUCAUAAGCACUUGAUUCAUUUGCAUGGACUGUACGCUUGUUUUAUUGAUCCAAGAUUAAAUUUUUUA